GGGCAAUUUAUUUCAUUGUUCAUCACCUAGCAAAAAAUCCGCUUUCUAUGGCACAUGUCACAUUAAAUAAGUCUUACUUUGUGUGAAGCAGCUGAAUUUUCGGGUGUGCUUAAGAAGUUCUAGAUAUAAAAGCUUAUUACAUUUAGAGAAGUAAUGCCCGAACAGAACAACCCUGGAACUUCUAUCAUGCAGAAGAACUCCAGGAGUUCCGCGGUGCUGCGCUCUAAGUCGCAUCAUCAUAAAGAAAGCAAAAUGCAUCAUACGGAAUAUAAAACGCAUCUCAGGGAUGGCAGUAAAUUGAGAGAGUUGCCUCAACAAGUACCGCACUCUGUGCCAAAGUCUCCCUCCGAGUUACACUCUAAUAAAUUUUCACCUUUUGGUAAUGAUGUGACAGUCAAUAAAUAUAGACAAGACACGAAAUACCAUCACUGCACCCUCCCAGGCGAACCCACAGAUGUGUUAACACGGUACAUUGAAGCGGGAGUAUGGGUCAGUUUAAGGCGCUCUAUUCGAAGAGCAUUAAUGAUCAGCUCCAAACACCCUUAUACGAAAUACUUCGCUCCGUCACUCUACCGCCGGAAGGAGGAAGAAACGCGCCAAUUACUCUUGUAUUACCACAUAAUCCAUCCUCUUAGCAUGUUUACGUUUUACUUCGAAAUGUUCAUGUUUUUCGUUUUUGCAUUCAAGGGCAUUGCUAAUCCAAUAAUUUUAAUGGUUUUCCACGACGACAAGCAAUCACUUCGAGCCAUUUUUUACCCUUCUAAUGUAUUGCACAUCCUGUUGAUCUUGACUUCUUUGUGUACUGGAUAUUAUGAUAACAGCCAAAAUGUUGUUUAUAUGAAAAGGCGGCUAAUAGUGCUGAAUUACUUGCAAUCGUAUUUCAUUACUGAUAUACUUGCCAUUCUUCCGCAACUUUUAAGAACCGAAACUGUGAACCGUUUAGGUUUCAACUACGACUUGAAAACGUAUUCGACCAGAUUUAUAACGCCCAUAUUUAUAGCAGCUAAUUACGCCAGGUAUAUCUGGUGUUUACGGAUUUUGAGGCAAUUGCGUUUAUAUUUCGGUUUGAGCAUUUACGCAUACCAAACUAUCAGGCUCAUUAUGAAUGCUCUCACAGCUGUGGUAUUUUCUGUCUAUAUUUUAUUUACUAUUAUGAAAUUUAUGCCUGGAUACAUAAAGGAUUCUGUGCUAAAGCAUUCCGAACAUGUGGUAAAAAUGCUGAUGAUGGUCAGCUACGGACCUCCCGUAUUCAAGCAAAUGCAUGAAACCGUGUGUCCCAUGAUAUUCAUAAUUAUCGGCUUCGUAUUUCACUUGAUCAUGCUCAUUCACGGAGCGGAAAUUUGGCUAAAGUUCUUUAGCAAAGAUUACAAACAAAGUGCCGUUUAUGGGGCAACGGAGGCUUAUAUGCGGUAUCGAGCUCUGCCCAUGUCGUUACGAGAGCGAAUUUAUUUGUACCUGGAUUUCAGAUAUCAAGGGCAUUUUUACAAAGAAUCCGUUAUACGUAACGCAACGUCUGUGGCUCUGAGACGCGAAAUUUUACUGACAAUGACCCAGAAAAGCAUCGAGAAGGUGGAACUAUUCGAAAACUGCCCAGUGAUAAUUUUAAAUAAAAUUAAAGCCAGCUUGGUUUCCAAUAUUUACCUACCGGGAGACGUUAUUAUAAAAUCAGGAACAACAGGUCAUUGCAUGUUUUUCAUACUCGCGGGCACAGUUGUAGUUACAACCACUGAUAAUAAAGAACUUUGCUAUUUGAGGGAUGGAUCACAUUUUGGGGAGAUUGCACUAGUUGUGAAUAUCAAACGGGUGGCAAAUGUUAUCGCGGUAACUGCCUGCGAACUUUUCAAGCUGGAUCGAAAUCACUUUUGGGAAGUAAUGAAAAACCAUCCACAGGCUUAUAAUAAUAUUAAAACGAUGGCGACUGAACGUGUGGCCAAUACAAGCCAGUCCAUUGCGGAUAUUUCGAUACGCGAUAGUAUUUUUUCAACAGCGACUAACAGAAGCGGUGACAAACCGGAAAUUGCAAUAGCUUACUGAAAAUUUGGCUGAUUUAGAAUUAUGCGUGUUUCGGUUACGUUAGUUUUCUGGCUUUGCUUUUUUAGGUGGACAUUACAAACAUGUUUAUAAAA